ACUGGUUGUGCCACCGCACUGACCAUACUUUGACUAACAUCAGUAUUACUCAAAUUAGGCGUACAAAGUGUAUAUUUCUAUUCAAAAUGCGGGAUCCAAAAUGUAAAUAAUGUAAACUUAAUUCUCCGUCCUCGCCGACUGACUUUCUCCGCAACUUUCUUAAAUGUGCUAAUUUUUAGGGAAAUUUUCCAGCGAUACAUUUUCCUUGUUUAUGUAAUGAUUUUUCCCUUUAAAUCUAUCGACAUUAUUUCAAUCUGCGCCCACGAUUACGUAAAUUCUCAUAGAAUCAUUAUGAAUUUAACAAAGUCCGUGUUGGUAGAGGAUUCAUCGUCCAAGAAAUUUCUUUUUAAUCGUUCAUAAUCGUAAUCAACACCAUAUGUAUUUUUAAGGAAACUAUUAACGAAACAAAAUUCAGAGGGCACAAUUCUGUAGAUUUACUGUGGAAUUUCUAUCGUAAAAAUAUAAAGAGUGAUUAAACACUUAAAUAUUUAUGACCACUGAUUUCGGAUUUUAUGGAGAGGAGAAUUGAUAUCGAACUCUGAUUAGCAAGAACAAAAUUACUCUACAUUAGCGAAGUUGGACAAAACUUAGGUUUAUUGUUUAAUAUACAGUUGAAGCACCUGUCACAAAAACAAAAGAAAAUAAUAAUAGUUCCAGCCUGGUCGGGAUUAUUAUGUAAAUUGAGCAGGUUUAUUUGUUAGAAAGAAAGGUAAGUGGUGAAGAAACAAUGUAUUGAAGUGACUUUUAGAAAUACAAACUUUCUGUUUGAGUUAUGGAGGGGAAUAACGAUAAUUGAAAUGGAGUGUGGAAAGGAAAACAGUGGAAGUAUUAAGACAACAAUGUCAGAACAUCAAGUGGCAUUGGCAUAAAAUAAUUACUAACUUGAGUUCGUUACUUGGAGACCGAAAAUAAAUUAUGUAGAACAGACUUAAUCCUGUUUGUUUAAGUCUGUUGUAGAAUUACUGUGAAAUAUUUGCUGUGAACUGAGAUUAACAGCGAAAUUCCCCUGUUUCACUCUGAAAUGAAUGGAAGAUGAAUUUAUAUUGUAAUUAAAAUUGGAUAACAAAAGACUUUGCAACAUCUUCAAAUAUCAACAAAGAUCACAGUUGAUGGAAAUCUAGCAGAAGAAAUAUUUAUUUGGAAUAAAAAGAAGAAAUAAAAUCAUCUGUAUAUUGAAGUGGGUGGGAGAAGUAAAGUGAUGGAAGACAAAGUCUCCGAGUACAAAGUUGAAUGUAAAAAACUAUUUAAACAGAUUGAUUUUCCUGAUGAUAGAAAGAAAAAGAAAGGGAAAACAUUAUAUCAGUGUGAUGUCUGUAAAAAGACAUUCACUCUAAAAUUUAAUUUAACUGCUCACAAAAGUAUUCACACAGGGGAGAGGCCAUAUCAGUGUGAUAUCUGUGGCAAGGCAUUCCCUGUAAAUUGUCAUUUAACGAGACACAAACGCCUUCAUACAGAUGACAAGCCAUAUCGUUGUGACAUCUGUGGGAUGUCUUUCUUCAUUGGGAGUCAAUUAACGAAACAUAUACGCACUCAUACAGGUGAGAGGCCCUAUCACUGUGGCAUCUGUGGUAAAUCAUUCUCUCUUAGUAGCACCUUGUAUGAACACAAACGCAUUCACACAGAUGAGAGGCCAUAUCUUUGUGACAUCUGUGGUAGAUCAUUCUCAAGAAAAUAUUGCUUAACUAGUCAUAAACGUCGUCAUUCAGGGGAGAAACCACAUAACUGUGAUAUCUGUGGAAAAUCUUUCACGGGUGGAAGUUACUUAACGACUCAUAAACGUAUUCAUACAGGAGAGAGACCAUUUCACUGUGAAAUCUGUGGUAAAGCAUUCUCUGCCAGCAGUACGUUAACUAUACACAAGCGUAUCCACACAGGUGAGAGGCCAUUUCAUUGUGAUAUUUGUGACAAAGCAUUCUCUCGAAGCAGUGAUUUAGGUAAACACAAACAUGUUCAUAUUGAUGAAAGACCAUUCCACUGUGAUAUCUGUGGUAAAUCAUUCAUUGGAAGUAGUUACUUAAUUAUUCACAAACGUGUUCAUACAGGAGAGAGACCAUAUCACUGUGAUAUCUGUGGUAAAUCAUUCACUCAGAAAGGUGGCCUAACUAGACAUAUAAGGACUCAUACAGAUCAGUGACUGUAUCGAUGUCAAAAUCCAGGUUGUGUUAAAUACAGGGUGGCUUGUGUACCACCAAAUUCUUGAUCAAAUUAAUUUUCUUGUUUUUAUAAUUCGUAGUUUUAUGAAUAUUGAAGAUUUUUCAGAGGAUAAUUUUGAAACUUAACUAAUACACUGAUCAAUAUUUACAAAUAUCAGAAUUGAUAUCUUGCUACCUUGGUGAUAAAGGACACAACGUGGUAUUUAUUUUAUAUUGGGUUGGUGGUGCAUAAUUAUUGCGGCUUUUUUUCAUAAAAAAACAAUAACAAUAGUUAGCAAAAACAUCUUUAAAUGAUUAUUCUGAUCAUCUGCCAAGCAAAUGGGAAGCAGUAAUGGAAGUAGAUGGUAAAUAUGCUCCGGAAUAAUCAUUUAAAGAUGCUUUCGUUGAUAAAAACCGCAAUAAUUAUGCACCAACCCAAUAUUUACUGAUAUAUUUUACAAUAUUUAUAGAAACACUAGAUUAACCAACAAGAGAAAUGAAAUGAUUAAUUGAAUCACUAAAACCAAAGUUAUACAUGUUGCUCUGCCAUACUUACCAUAACAGGAUUCAUUGAAGGUCGAAAUAUCUUAUAUGAUAACAAUUUUAUUGACACAGGAAAGAAGAUAUCACAGUAUAUAACUAUGGCUAUAUCUAUAUCAGUCAGAUAACUUAGAACUGUGAUGUUUGUAAGAAAAGUAUUCUUUCUAAGUACUCAUAUAUUUUCCAUCUACUGGGAGAAAAGAUACCAUUAAUUUAUUUGACAAUGUGGGUAAAUAACUGAGAAAUCUAUUCUAAUAAGUCAAAACAUCCCUGUACAGUUAUUAUGUUAGAAUUAAAGUAUGGAUCUUCUA